UUUCGCAACCGGAACGUAUCGAUUUUUCGGCACUCGAAAAUGAUAAUGUCGAUUCCUUAUUGCAUUUGGAGAAUAAAGGCCGUCUUGUGUUUGAAGAUUUCGUAAAAAUGGUUCCUUCUCAACAUUUCUUAACAACUCUGACGAAGUUACAGAGACGUUGGAACAUCAGCUUGGAAGCCGGUUGUCAUUCAUUAAUAGAUGCUUACAUUCUGGAAGCCGUUGAAUUUGAUCCGGACAAGAAGGAGGAAAAGACAUAUGAUGAAACUACGGAUAGACUUGCCGUUUAUCCAGAGUAUUAUGUAAAACCUGUUCGAAUCAGCGACGACUUGCAAUUGACUGGUCCUAUCGAUUACAUCACCGCUAACAGGAAGGAACGGGUUUUCGAUAAAUUGAAGCAAGGAACAAGUAUUGUGGCAUCGCCUACAUUUUGCACUAUUGAGGCAAAAGAGAUGAGGCGUUUCUCUGCAGGUGAAGGAGAGGUAUUGGGACAAAUGCUGGCCUCCGCAAAAAAUGCGGAUGGAAUGCGUUGGACGUUCUACUAUGUUGACGAGGAAGGUUACUACCGAAGCAAGAUUUAUACAGUUGAAGUAGAACAGGGUGUAGUACUUGGUAUUUUGCGACAUUGGGUUCGCGGCCAACUGCCUUCUUCAAACUUCUCAAAAGGAACAAGGAAAGUCUUUAAAUAA